CUUCGGCGUCUCUCUCUUCUCUUGCUCUCUCUGCCCCACUUCGGAAUUCCUUGCGGUGGCUUCCCUUGUUAGGGCUUUGAGAGGGCUUUCGUUGGGGAUUGAGUUGAGAUUUUGGAGGAUUUUCGCGCAUGGUGGUGUUGGUUGAAUCUAAUUUGAGAAGGAGAUUGGAUAUCGCUUGAGUUGUCUGUGGUUUUGGGGGGGAUUAUGGCGCAGACCAACUGGGAAGCUGAUAAAAUGCUGGAUGUGUAUAUAUAUGACUAUUUUGUUAAGAGGAAUUUGCAAGCGACUGCGAAAGCAUUUCAGGCUGAAGGGAAGGUAUCCUCGGACCCCGUUGCAAUUGAUGCCCCUGGUGGUUUUCUGUUUGAAUGGUGGUCUGUAUUCUGGGAUAUCUUCAUUGCAAGGACAAAUGAAAAGCAUUCUGACGUUGCUGCAUCCUACAUAGAGACACAGCUUAUUAAAGCUCGGGAGCAGCAGCAACAUGCACAACAGCAGCCUCAGCAGCAGCAGCAGCAACAACAACAGCCACAGCAGCAGCAACAACAGCAGCAGCAGCAGCAGCAGCAGCAGAUUCAAAUGCAACAGCUAUUGUUACAGAGACAGGCGCAGCAGCAGCAGCAACAACAACAACAGCAGCAGCAUCAUCAGCAGCAGCAGCAACAACAGCAACAACAGCAGCCGCAGCAGCAGCAGCAGCAGCAGCAGCAGCAGCGUAGGGAUGGAACUCAUCUACUAAAUGGCACAGCAAAUGGGCUUGUUGGCGGUGAUCCUUUAAUGCGCCCGAGCCCCGGAACUGCCAAUGCCUUAGCAACUAGGAUGUAUGAGGAACGAUUAAAGUUACCUCUACAGCGGGAUUCUUUGGAUGAAGCAUCCAUGAAGCAAAGAUUUGGUGAAAAUGUUGGCCAGCUGUUGGAUCCAAGCCAGGCUUCAAUGCUAAAGUCACCUGCAGCAUCUGGUCAAUCAUCAGGGCAAGUUUUGCAUGGAUCUGCUGGUGGUAUUCCUGGGACUUUGCUGCAAGUUCAGCAAAGGAAUCAGCAACUUCCUGGACCAAUGCCUGACAUUAAGUCUGAGAUAAAUCCAGUGUUGAACUCUAGAGCUGCUGCUCCUGAUGGGUCAUUGAUAGGGAUGCCAGGAUCAAAUCAAGCUGGGAACAACUUGACUUUGAAAGGAUGGCCUCUCACAGGGCUUGAUCAGCUUCGGUCAGGAAUCCUACAACAGAAGCCAUUCAUGCAAUCACCCCAUCCAUUUCAUCAACUUCAAUUUUUGAGCCCACAACAGCAACAACUUCUUCAAGCACAACAAAAUUUGGCGUCUCCAACUACUGGUGACAUUGACACCAGGAGGCUAAAGAUGCUUUUAAGCAAUAGGAAUAUGGUGCUUGGCAAAGAUGGCCAGUCAACUAUCGUCGGUGAUGUUAUUCAGAAUGCAGGUUCCCCAAUGCAAGCUGCAAGUCCUGUUCUGCCUCGUACUGAUACUGAUUUACUGAUUAAGAAGAUAGCUCAGCUACAUCAGCAGCAACAACAACAGAGCAGCACCCAACAGCAUGCUAUUUCAGGCCAACAGUUGCAGAGUUCAAAUCAUCAUCUUCAUCAGCCAGAGAAAAUAGGAACUGGGAGUGGAGCAGUUGAUGGAAGCACAUCGAACUCCUAUCGAGGAACUGAUCAGGCUUCAAAGAAUCAAAAUGCUCGCAAGAGGAAGCAACCAGUAUCAUCAUCUGGUCCUGCGAAUAGUUCAGGAACUGCGAAUACAGCUGGACCAUCACCAAGUUCAGCACCCUCGACACCCUCUACUCAUACACCAGGAGAUGUAUUGCAACACAACAACAGCUCUUCCAAGCCUUUGAUGGGGUUCGCCUCUGAUGCCACUGGAGCCCUAACAUCUCCAACAACCCAGUUAGCUGACAUGGAUCAUUUUGUUGAGGAUGGUUCUCUGGAUGAUAAUGUGGAGUCAUUUUUGUCUCAUGAUGACCCUGAUCCAAGGGAUACAGUAGGUCGCGGUAUGGAUGAUACCAAAGCAGGAUGUUCUUUUAGAGAGAUUUGCUCAACCCAAGCCAGUACAAAUAAAGUUGACUGCUGCCACUUCUCGUCUGAUGGAAAGCUAUUAGCUACAGGUGGCCAUGAUAAAAAGGCUUUUUUGUGGUAUGCUGAGAAUUUGAAGUUGAAGUUCACAUUAGAAGAGCAUUCUAUGUUGAUCACUGAUGUUCGGUUUACCUCAAGCAUUCCUCGUUUGGCUACAUCCUCAUUUGACAAAACCGUGAAAGUUUGGGAUGCAGAUAAUCCAGGAUAUUCUCUUCGUACUUUUACGGGGCAUUCGGCAUCUGUUGUGUCCCUAGAUUUUCACCCAAUCAAGGAAGAUUUUAUUUCUUCUUGCGAUAAGGAUGGUGAAAUACGAUAUUGGAGCAUAAAUAAAGGGUGCUGCAUGGGUGUUCUUAAGAUCAUGCAGGGGGGAACAACCCAAAUGAGAUUUCAACCUCGUUUGGGCAGAUACAUUGCAGCUGCAGCUGAGAACACAGUUUCGGUCAUUGAUGUGGAGACUAAGGCUAUUCUGCAUUCUUUACAGGGACACACCAAACAAAUUGAUUCUGUGUGUUGGGAUCCAUCCGGCAGUUACUUAGCUUCUGUUAGUGAAGAUUCGGUCAGGGUGUGGUCAUUUGGUUCGGGGAACGAAGGCGAGUUCAUGCAUGAGUUGUGCUGCAGCGGCAACAAGUUCCAUUCUUGUGUUUUUCACCCCACCUACCCUUCUCUCUUGGUCAUUGGCUGUUAUCAGUCUCUGGAGCUCUGGGACAUGUCGGAGAACAAGACGAUGACCCUCGCAGCUCACGAUGGGCUCGUCGCAGCACUAGCAGUAUCAAACGCUACUGGGGUGGUGGCCUCUGCAAGUCAUGAUAAGCUUGUCAAGCUCUGGAAAUAAAUCCCUUUUCAAGCCUCUAAAAUCUCUAGUUUUCCCAGCAAUUCUAACAUCUCUUCGUGCCUGCCUGUUUCCGUUGUGUUUUGUCUGGUUUUUGUAAAGCUGUCUGUUAUUGCUGAGGAGGAAACAAGAUGAGUUUUAUGGUCUUGAGAUAGAUGUUCUCUCUUCUUCCUGGCAAUUUAUCUUUUAUCAACGUUCUUUUGUCACAUCCACUGAUAUUUUAUAUCCAUAUAUAUAUAUAUAUACAUUAUUAGAUGCCA